CAGGAUGCUUCGAAGUCUGCUGUCGGCGAGCGGGGCGAACCCGGGGAUGAUCACGGUCUUCAUCGACGGGUACUUCGAGGAGCCCCUGGGGGUGGCGCAGCUGUUUGGGCUCCGGGGGAUCCAGCAUACGCCGAUCGGGACGAAGAGCGCCCGGAUCUCGCAGCACUACAAGGCGUCGCUCACGGCCACCUUCAACAUCUUUCCCGGUGCCAAGUAUGCGAUCAUUCUCGAGGAGGAUCUGGAUGUCUCGCCGGAUUUCUUCAGCUACUUCGGUCAGCUGUCGCGUCUCCUGGACGAAGACCCGUCGCUGUGGUGCGUGUCGGCCUGGAACGACCAGAGCUACGAGCACACGUCCAAGGACCCCGGCCUCCUGUACAGGGUCGAGGGGAUGCCGGGGCUGGGCUGGAUGCUCAAGCGGAGUCUGUACAAGGAGGAGCUGGAGGCGAAGUGGCCGGGUCCCGAGAAGGUGUGGGACUGGGACAUGUGGAUGAGGUUGCCGGAGGUGAGGAAGGGGAGGGAGUGCGUGGUGCCGGAUGUGUCGAGGACGUAUCACUUUGGGGCGUCGGGGCUCAAUAUGAACUCGUACUUUCACGAUAUUUACUUCAAGAAGCAUUCCUUUAACGCUUCGCCCGAUGUGAGGCUCAGGGACCUGAAGAGUCUGAAGCGGAAAAACUACGAGGAGCUGCUGGAGGCGAUGAUCUCAGAGGCGACCGUGGUGGAUCACAGUCAGUCGCCCUGCGAGGAGGACUUCAUUCCCGAGAAAAGGGCCAAGGCACACGUCAUGUACAUCAAGAUGGAGCACGAGAAGGACUACACGACGUGGCUUCAGGUCGCCAAGGUGAGGAAUCUCCAUCGCGGGUGGAUUGCGAAGGGCGUCGCGCGAGGUGUGACGGGUGAUGUUGAUUCCUUUGCAGUGUUUCAAAAUCUGGGACCUGGAUGCGAGGGGUUAUCACCACGGGCUGUGGAGAUUCCACAUGAAGGACAGCCCCAUCCUUGUCAUCGGAGUGCCUUUCUCCGCGUACUCGAAGCACAAGCCUUCGGAUGUGACGCCGAUCUACCUGGAGUCCCAGAAGAAAGAGAAGAGUCGGUAGCUGGCUUCCUCCUGGCAACCCUGUCGGUCUCGUCGACCCUCGUCGACCCUCGUCGACCUGCCAAAGAGAACGGUCGGGAGAAGAUUCCAAGUGCCAGUCCAAGGAAAUGUGAUACCAUUUUGUGAUAGCUCUUCCUUGUCGCUUGCUCCUUUUUCUCCUCUUUUUCUCCAUUGCGUCUCUCUGAAGGUUUUUUUUUUGUAUUUUGUGGAAUGAGUCUGGAAAGAACUUGCGCUCGGGGAGCUUUCGGACCGGGUGCGCGAAUUCCCGAGUAAAAACGUUCUCGAAGUUUGGAAUCCUUUCGAACGAUCCUUUCGGCCACACGGGAGAACUUCGAGCCGAAUUUACUUCGUCAUAAUCUUGGUUCCCAGUGGUAAUCCAAGCCUAUUUAUUCAGGAAGGAUUAGUCCCUUGUUGCAUCUCGCGGAAGAUCCCAGGAAAUCUCAAGUCUCGAUACCUCAUGUCUUAGACCUAUUUUUUUUUUUUCUUUCCGCUUUCUUCAGAUUUUUUUUUUGGCCUUUUAAAAAUUCUGCAUCGAUUCUUGAGACGAUGUCGUGUCCAACUCUCGCGUUUGCUCUUUGCCGAGUUUUUUUUUUCUUCCUUUUUGUCCGUUCAUCACAGUGCACAAUCAAAGUAUUCAGGUCU